UGGAGCUCAGAUUCGCUGGGGCCUUCCUGUGUUAUUGGAGCUCACAUUCGCUUUUUUUAUUCUUCUUCUUCUUCUUCUUCUAAACUUCAAAUUAAACGAGAGUGGUCUCGUCCCGUGCAGCGAAAGAUCGAGUUGUUGAGGGAGAGCCUUUGGUUUGUUUCCUUCACCUCGCCUCCUCCGAUCAUUCUUCCAUUCAUUCUCUAUUUAUAUUUCUCCCCCUUCGCCAUACAUAAAAAGUCUUAGCUUUUUUUCUUCCCCUUGAAAACUUCAACCGACCCGCCCUAACCCUAGUCUCUCAAUGGCUCUUUCCGAUAACAACCGUCAGUCCCUGAUCCCAAGCUUCCUUUACUCGACUUCUUCUUCUUCGUCGCUCAAGAAAACCUUGGAUUUGCUCAACAGGAGCCCUAGCUUGCCUUUGCCUUCAACAGAUGGCGUCUCAGCGAAGAGGAGUUUCGUGAUUCCGGCUCCCAGCGAGCCCGGCAAGRUCGAGAUGUACUCUCCCACUUUCUAUGCUGCCUGUACAGCUGGCGGAAUUUUGAGUUGUGGCCCCACUCACACGUCUGUCACUCCCCUUGAUCUCGUCAAAUGUAAUAUGCAGAUUGAUCCUGCUAAAUACAAGAGCAUCACAUCCGGUUUUGGGGUCUWGCUUAGGGAGCAGGGAGUUAGAGGUUUCUWCAGGGGUUGGGUGCCAACCCUGCUUGGCUAUAGUGCUCAGGGUGCCUGCAAGYUUGGAUUCUACGAGUUCUUUAAGAAGUACUACUCAGACAUUGCUGGGCCUGAGUAUGCAGCYAAAUACAAGACCCUGAUCUACCUUGCUGGCUCUGCAUCUGCUGAAGUUAUUGCUGACGUUGCACUUUGCCCCAUGGAAGCAGUGAAGGUCCGGGUGCAAACUCAGCCUGGGUUUGCCAGAGGAUUGGCUGAUGGCCUUCCCAGAUUUGUGAAAUCUGAAGGUGCUCUAGGUCUGUACAAGGGGCUUGUUCCGCUUUGGGGGCGUCAAAUUCCAUGUAAGAUAACAUCUGAACUUGCUGUGAAGAAGCUAGGGGUGUGGGGCCUUUUCACACGUGGUCUUCCAUUGCGUAUUGUCAUGAUUGGUACCCUCACAGGUGCUCAAUGGGGAAUCUAUGAUGCGUUUAAAGUUUUUGUUGGGCUGCCUACCACUGGUGGUGUUGCCCCUGCUGCAKCCCCUACUKCUACUGAGCUGGCAARGAUGUAAAACRUUGGCUGAUGAUCAAUGGACGUGUCUCUUAGACAAGAAAAUGAGGUAGUUCUUAGACAGAUUAAUAACCRUAGGUUGCUGACCCUGCCUUGAUGGUUAAUGCUGGUGGUGUGAGUGUAUUCUUUUUAAUUUAGAACAGAUUAUUUAUCCUCGUAUGAUAUUUUUGGGAGGUUGGUUUUGAUUUCAUCCUUCAAUUACUGGAAACUUGUAAGAAGUUAUAUCAUGUAAAAGCUUCAUUUUAGGCGAAGAAGAUUUAGUAGAUGAUGGGUCCUGAAAAGAAGGGGACGGAGAAUAAUGGACAGAUGGGAAGAGAGAGAAUUUGUCUGUUCUUUUGUACUUCAUUUUGAAAACAUUUGGAUGUAUGCAGAUAUUAUUGGUUUGGAGCAUUUGCCUCUAUUCUUCUUAUCAGUUA